UGGGUCACUAAGUUAUAGGAAGUGACUGGCUGCGGCUCCUGACCCGGAAGCGGUUCCUAGUCCCUCCCCCUCCGGCCCGGCUUCCUCCUGCAACAGGCGUGGGUCACGCUGCCUCUCGGUCUCUUUCUGCCGCCAUCUUGGUUCCGCGUUCCCCGCACAAAAUGCCCGGUGAAGCCACAGAAACCGUCCCUGCUACAGAGCAAGAGUUGCCACAGCCCCAGGCUGAGACAGCUGUGCUUCCUGUGUCUUCAGCCUUGAAUGUCACUGCUGCCCUAGGGCAGCCUGUGCCAACCCUUCCCACUUCUUGCUCCCUGCCCCCACAACAGAACCCUCUGGCAACACCUAACCAGCCUGCCCCAUUCCUUCCUCCCUCUACUAUUGCUUCUACCCCUUUUGAAGCUCCUUUCCCACAGGCAUCCUCUGGGACAGCCCUGCCCUUGGCAACUACUCCUAUGCUCCCUGACACCCCAACUUUCCUACCAAACCUAAUAGGGCCUCCCAUCUCCCCUGCUGCCUUAGCUCUGGCCUCUCCCAUGAUAAAUCCAACUCUGAAAGGUGCCCAUCCCUCUUCAGCUCCCUUAACUCUGGUGGCCUUGCCUCCCCGCUCAGUUCAGAAGAGUUCUGCUGAUCCACCUAACCCUAUUAGUCCGCCUCCUUCAGCUGCUGUGGCUAAGUCAGGGUCAGUGACACCUUUGUCAGCUCCCGUUACUUCCUCAGAACCAAAGACCUCUCCUAUUCAAGCUCCCUCCCAAGUAGUCCCUAACCCAAAAGUUACCUCCAUUCCUCCAUAUACGGCCAGUGCUGUUCCUUCCCAGCUUAUAACUCCCUUGGCCUCUUCAGUUCAAUCUGGAGUAGCCUCAUGUGCUCAGACACCACUCACUACUCCCCUAACCAUCACUUCCCCUCAGGUCAAAGGCAUACCUAUUUCCUCAGCUCUGACUUCACAAAGCUCUGUAAGCCUCAGCCUAAAGGGACCCCUUGGUCCACCUGCUGCCCAGUCUGUUCCUGUGCCUCCCAAUGACCCCCCAGGUUUCCUCACUUCUAUGGGCUCUCACCUUGUACCUUUACAUCAGAGUUGUCUUGGUUCUUCUGUCCCAUCUGUAGGUCAGACAGGCCCUAAUGUUCUGUCAGAGUCUAUAGUGGAUACUGCUUCUGUAAGCCAUUCUUCGAUAGGGGCCUCUUCUCCUACUGGGCAAUCUGUAAUUUCUCCCCUUCCUUCCAGAAAGGAGGUGGUUCCUGCUGCUGUGGGGGCUCCCGCUUCCUCUCUGGCUCUAUCUGUUGACAAGGGACUCUCUACCAUCACUAGUGUCUCCUCCUACAGCUCUUCUGGUUCCUCAAGUGCAGCUGUCUCUUCUCCCUUAGCUCCUGCAGCUUCCCUCAUUCUCAAAGGCUCUCCUAAUGCCACGCAGCAGCAGCCCUUAGUGGCCCAGAUGCCUCCUGCUUCUCCAGGAAGUCCAGGCUUAAAAAAAGCUCCUGUUUCUUCUGUUGGAACUACCUCUCUGGUGAUGACUAACCCCUCCACAAUUUCUGCCACACCUACCACCUUUGAGGUUGUAAGUGCUACUUGUUCGUCUCCUCCAAUUUCAUCAGGUCUCCUAAGUAAUAAAAACUCCGCUUCCCAUACUGCCUUGGCUGUGGCACCUGUUUCUUCCAAAGAGCUUCCUUCUCCUUGGGUAACAGCUGCUCUGGAGACACCAGGCUCCCGUCCUCUGCCAGCACCUGAGGAACUCAAAAGUCUCCCUGCUUCACAGUUGGUCAAGUUCCCAACACAGAAAGAUCACCAAACUGUACCUGCUUCUCCUGUAGGAACCCCUAUUUCACCAUCCCUGGCAGGACUUCCUACCAAGACAGACCCUAUUGUACUGCCAUUGAUGCUGGCAGCCCCUCAAAAUCCUCCCUCCCCCCAAAGUACAUCAUCCUCUCUGGAAGGAUCUCUUUGUCCUGAAGUCACCUUAGCUAACGAAAGCCGAGUAGAGCCUCUGCCUGUAAGUGAGCCAGCUGCUACUCCCUCUCCUCUGGGUGCGGUUUCCCCAGCCUCUCUCCUCAAGACAGAUCCUUAUGCAAGGCCAGACCCCUCCAGUCUGCUUCUCAAAGGUUCUCUUACUGCUCCGAGUGCAGCUACAUUUCCUUUGGAAAGUGCUGCCGCUUCUGGGGGGACUCCUACAGCUACCAAAGGAACCUCCGCUCCUGCAAGUACAGCCAGCCCUUUUCUGGAAGGAACUGUCUCUUUAGCACCUAAAAGCCACCCCGCCAAGAAGGGUACUUCUGCUCUUACUACUUUUCCUUUGGUUCCUCCCACCUCUGAAAGCUGUUCUGUGACUCCAGCCAUGACGUUAUGCCCUCAGAAUGUUUCUGUUUCUCUAGCUACUAUGGCACUAUCUUCUGAAAUUCCCAAGUCUGAACCCUUUCCCUCUCUUCCCCCAGCUCAAGUUACAGAGAUAGGUCCUAGUAUUUCUCAUUCUUCAGCUUUGGCACUUGUGGCCUCCUCUCCUGAAGGAUGCCCAAAUGAGGGUGUUGGUUCUGCUGCUGCAUCUUCCAGAGGAACUUCCCUAGCUGAAUCCCCAUCUUCUUUAGGGACUAGUGUGUCUCCUCAGACUGGAAGACCUCCAACCAAGAAGGCUUCUGCUACUUCUACUACCUUAACUCUUGCUCCCGUUUCUAAAAGUGUACCUGCCAUCUCUGAUACUCCUGCUGGAAAUCUCUCAUCUCCUGUUUCUCUAACUGAAGCUCCCUUUCUUCCAGAGGCCAGUUUUUCUUUUCAAGUCCCUGAGGGAUCACUAACCAAGAAGCAUUCCCCCACCCCUCCAUUCCCCAAAGAGGCCCCUACUUCCCCAGCUACUGUCCCUCCACCCCCCAAAGGGGGGCCAGCAAAACCAUCCCCUAAAGAGACGCCGCCUCCUCCAGCUAUGACUCCUUCCUCUCCCAAAGGAGCCUCAGCUACCCCACCUCCCAAAGAGGCCCCCUCUCCCCCCGUUAUGACCCUUCCUUCCCCUAAAGGAGCUUCAGCAGCUUCGUCCCCCAGAGAGUCCCCAGCUGCCCCACUCACCAAAGGGACCUCAGCAACUCCAUCUCCCACGGGACCUCCAGCUACACCCCCGCCCAAAGAGUCUCCAACAACCCCAGCCUCCAAAGGAGCCCCAACAACUCCAUCCUCCGAAGAGCCCUCAGAUACCCCAGCCCCCAAAGGCCCAGCAGCUCCAUCUCCCAAAAAACUCUCAGAUACCCCUGCAACUCCAGCCCCCAAAGGGGCCCCAACAACUUCAUCUCCCAAAAGAACCCCAGCCCCCAAAGGGGCCCCAGCAGCUCCAUCACCCAAAAAACUCUCAGAUACCCCCACAACUCCAGCCCCCAAAGGGGCCCCAGCAGCUCCAUCACCCAAAAAACUCUCAGAUAUCCCCACAACUCCAGCCCCCAAAGGGGCCCCAGCAACUCUAUCACCCAAAGAGCCCAAAGGGACCCCAGCAACUCCAUCUCUUAAAGAACUCUCAGAUAUCCCAGCAACUUCAGCCUCCAAAGGGGCCCCGACAGCUCCAUCACCCAAAGGGGCCCCGGCAGCUCCAUCACCCAAAGAGCCCAAAGGGGCCCCGGCAGCUCCAUCACCCAAAGAGCCCUCAGAUACCCUAGCCCCCAAAGGGGCCCCAGCAGCUCCAUCACCCAAAAAACCCUCAGAUACCCCAGCAACUUCAUCUCCCAAAGAGCCCUCAUCGGCCGCUACCCCAGCUCCCAAAGGUGCCCCAGCAACUUCAGCCCCCAAAGGGGCCCCAGCAUCUCAAGCCCCCAAAGAGCCCUCAGAUACCCCAGCCCCCAAAGGGGUCCCAACAACACCAACCCCCAAAGAGCCCUCAACUACCCCAGCUCCUAAAGGGGCCCCAGCAACUCCACCUCCUAAAAGAACCCCAGCUAAAACUCCAUCCCCCAAAGAGGUCUCAGUUACACCAGCCCCCAAAGCGGCUCCUACUCCUUCAGCCCCCAAAGGGGCCCCAACUACUUCAUCCCCAAAGAAAACCCCAGCCUCCAAAGGGGCCUCAGCAACUCCAUCCCCCAAAGAGCCCUCAGCUAUGCCAGCGCCCAAAGCGGCUCCUACUCCUUCAGUUGUGACUCCUCCGGCGCCCAAAGACCCCUCAGCAACCCCAGCCCCCAAAGGGACCCCAACAACUUCAUCCCCCAAAGAACCCUCAGCAACCCCAGCCCCCAAAGGGACCCCAACAACUUCAUCCCCAAAGAAAACCCCAGCCCCCAAAGGGGCCUCAGAUAUGCCAGCUCCCAAAGAACCCUCAGCAACCCCAGCCCCCAAAGGGACCCCAACAACUUCAUCCCCAAAGAAAACCCCAGCCCCCAAAGGGGCCUCAGAUAUGCCAGCUCCCAAAGAACCCUCAGCAACCCCAGCCCCCAAAGGGACCCCAACAACUUCAUCCCCAAAGAAAACCCCAGCCCCCAAAGAACCCUCAGCAACUCCAUCCCCCAAAGAACCCUCAGCUAAAACUCCAUCCAAAGAGCCCUCAGCUACCCUAGCCCCUAUAGGUGGCCCAGCAAUCCCGUCGUCCAAAGAGUCCCCUGCUUUAGUUCCGGCUACGUGUCGCUUGGUAUCCACUGCCCCUCCGGCAUCUAAAGGGCUCCCAAUAAAAGAAGGCGCCACAGCUCUCAAAGCAGCACUUGCUGCCCCAGCUUCAGAAAAUGCACCGGUCACCAUAGCUCCCACUCAGAAAGGGCCACCAGCCAAGAAGAGUUCUCCCGUGUGCCCAGACCCCUCAGCUAAGAAUGGUACUAAAGGACCCCUUCCUACAGUGGCUCCUCCAGCCCCUCUGCUGACAGCCUCCACUCAGAAAGGCACUUCUCCAAAGGGUCCCUUGGCUCCUCAUCCAAAGUCUGAGACAUCUGCACCUCUAGCAACAGCGGCUUCUGAGAAGGCCCUUCCUAAAGCUGGAGCAGCAUCUGCCUCUCCAGCACCCACCCCACCAGUCUCUCUGCCUCUUGCUCCCUCCCCAGUUCCCCCUCUGCUUCCUAAACAGCAACCUCUGCCGUCCUCACCUGGGCUGGUGCUGGAAUCAUCCUGUAAGCCCUCAGCCCCCACUGAUGAGGAUGAGCUGCCGCCUCUGAUUCCCCCGGAACCAAUCUCCGGGGGAGUGCCUUUCCAGUCGGUCCUCGUCAACAUGCCCACCCCCAAACCUGCUGGGAUCCCUGCCCCAACCCCCUCUGCCAAGCAACCUGUUCUGAAGAACAACAAGGGGUCUGGAACAGAAUCUGACAGUGAUGAAUCAGUACCAGAGCUCGAAGAACAAGAUUCCACACAGGCAACCACACAACAAGCCCAGCUGGCUGCGGCGGCUGAAAUUGAUGAAGAACCAGUCAGUAAAGCAAAACAGAGCCGGAGUGAAAAGAAGGCACGGAAGGCUAUGUCCAAACUGGGUCUUCGGCAGGUUACAGGGGUUACUAGGGUCACUAUACGGAAAUCUAAGAAUAUCCUCUUUGUCAUCACAAAACCAGAUGUCUACAAGAGCCCUGCUUCAGAUACCUACAUAGUUUUUGGGGAAGCCAAGAUUGAGGAUUUAUCUCAGCAAGCACAGCUAGCAGCUGCUGAGAAAUUCAAAGUUCAAGGUGAAGCUGUCUCAAACAUUCAAGAAAACACACAGACUCCAACUGUACAAGAGGAGAGUGAAGAGGAAGAGGUUGAUGAAACAGGUGUGGAAGUGAAGGACAUAGAAUUGGUCAUGUCACAAGCAAAUGUGUCAAGAGCAAAAGCAGUCCGAGCUCUGAAGAACAACAGUAAUGAUAUUGUAAAUGCUAUUAUGGAAUUAACAAUGUAACCAUCUAAAAAGGAAGAUACUUUUUGUGUGUGUUUCAAAAGAGUUACUACAGCUUGGUUUGAAAUUUGUACUGUUUCUAUCAAUAAAGUUAUGGCUUCUUGUGGGAUGAA